AUGUCUUCUCCCCUGAACACCCCGCGUCGCCAUUCUUUCAUCUCCCGUGCUGUCACGUCUCUUGUCGGUGACAGCCAGAGCUCUGUGCCUCAGAAGCGCUGUUUUGUCCUUCGCUGCACGGAGAUGGCUGCGAAUGACACAAGCUACAACGCAGACACGGUGGCUCGUUCGAUCACAUCGCGCACCAUUGCCUUUGACUUCUACUUGAGAUACGACCAUCCCCUCUGA